AUGUCUACCGCCUCCCGUUUCUUCAAAAUCUGGUAUAAGCCUGAGAUCAUCCCUAUCUACGUUACUGUUGGCGGUGCCGUGGGUCUUGCAGGCUGGUACCUGACCCGUCUUGCUCGCGGUCCAGAUGUUGUCUGGGACAGAGUUAACAACCCCUACCCUUGGCAGGGCAUUGAUCAGGGAACCCAAGUGAAGCUUAUGUCGGUCAACCAGCAGUUCGACAAGAAAUAUUCCCGUGACCGUCUGUAA